UAACGGAAACUUUCAUAUUCCUGCUGUGUGCGUCAUUCUUACGCUGUACGUAAUGACGUCACUUCCUGGCGUGUCCUCGUGCUGAAGUCUGUCUGACAUAGCAGAAGUAAAGCCGGUAGCUGGAGCUGCUCUUUGGAGGUGAAAUAUCACACAAAAGUUCCACCAAGAUGUCCUUCAUGUCGUUUGAUGAGCACGAGGAGUCCAAGUUCCUCAGGAAGGCCAAGGAGAACCCGUUCGUCCCUGUCGGGAUGGCCGGGUUCUUUGCCAUCGUGGCACACAGGCUGUACAAGAUGAAGUACAGGGGCAGCAUGAAGAUGUCUGUGCACCUGAUCCACAUGCGUGUGGCGGCGCAGGGCUUCGUAGUGGGAGCCAUGACCUUAGGUGUGGUGUACUCCAUGUACAAGGACUACGUGCUGAAGCCGGCUGAAGCUCAGAGAGCGCUGGAAAACAAGUGAACAGAGGAGCAUCGCGUAGACUCAUUUUAUUUUAGUUCUGUUAUUAUUAUUUUUUCAUUCUGGUGUACUGUAGAUACCUCACAUUCUUCUUAAAAUGUUACUUGGUUAUUUAUCUUUGAACAUAUAUAAUCUACAGAGUCUAUUUAUAUUUUAUAAUAUUUACAUUUCUAAAACCGCAGGAACAUACUUGCCUUGGUCAUCUUGAAGCUAACUUCAACAGUGUUUGUAAAUAGCGCUGUGUUCAGCGAGAUUUGUGACCUCACAAUACAGGCUCUGUGAUAUCUUAAAAUAUGUUAAUUAUCAAACCUUUAUCUUUAUAUUUCUUAAAGAAAAAGAGUGCAGAAUCAUAGUCUACACAGAACCUUCAAGGAUUCUUUAUGAACAAAAUCAUGGUUGUUAAGCUGUUUACAGUUUUGGAGAAUCAGAAUGAGGUCUGUUACAAAGCUAGUCUUGUGAGGUCACAAAAUAUGGACAGAUAUGCUAAUAGAAAUGCUAUGAAUAAUAAUAGUGUAACCAUGUGAACUUUUAGGUACAGAACAUGCUCUAUGUUUUUUUGUUGUUGUUUUGGGGUUUAUUGUUUUGUUUUGUUUUUUUGUUUUGUUUUUAAAGAGUUUUCUAAAGAAUAUUUUGGGUUCGUAAGGGUUCUUCCUAAAGAGGUCCUACUUGGAACCUUCUCUGUCAUAGGGUUCUACACAAUAAGAACAAACCAAAGAUAAACAGACCAUUGUUGUUAUUAUGGCUAAAUGUUAAUAGGAGUGGUUACUGCUAUGUAAAUUACUGGAUAUGGAUUUGGAGGGGGGGUCUAAUUUGCAUAAUCAUGUAUAUUUAAUGAGAAUUUAGUUGUAGAGAUGCUCCAGGUGAUGCCUGAUUUUCCACAUGGGCUAAAGUAAGUGUGUGUGUGUGUGUGUUUCACCGGCUCUGCCUUCAGAAACCACCAGCAUCUAUAUGCACAAAUUCCUCUAAAAACACAGCAUUUUAGAGUCGAGCUCAAGAGCAGCAAAACAUCAUAGUGCCAUAAAUGCUGGUUCAUUUUCACUGUUCCUGAAUGUGUGUGUGUGUGUGUGUGUUAUUGAGAUAAUUAUUUCUGAACACUGUGUUUCUAUCCUGUUUUGUUUAUUAGAAACUAUAUUGUAAGGAUCCUGUACACAUCUUUGCCAAUAAAACAUGAAUCUGGAUGGAUAUAAAGAUA